UUUCAGUUAUCUGAAGGACUGUUGUCUUCCAGAGUCAUCCCUGGAGGGUCUUCUUUGGUUGGAGCCUGCCUUCUGAAGUGAUGCAGGUUGUAACCUUAGUUGUGGCCUAUCAUCCUAGGGACACAGACGUGCUGGAUUCCAGACUGAUGGCGUCAGGCACAGCGAGCCGCUCUGAAGACGAAGAGUCUCUGGCAGGACAAAAGAGGAGCUCCUCACAGGUGUCCGGGGCUAUUCCAAAACGGCGCAGUUCUUCCAGGUUCAUCAAGCGGAAGAAGUUUGAUGAUGAGCUGGUAGAGAGCAGCCUUGCCAAAUCAUCCAGCCGGGCCAAGGGGCCUAGUGGCGUGGAGCCUGGACGCUGCUCGGGCAGCGAGCCCUCUUCCAGUGAAAAGAAGAAGGUGUCCAAAUCCAUCUCUGCACCUGUUACUCCCAGCCCGGCGCCAAAUCCCAGCCUCACCAAGCGGAUGAAGAAGAGCAAGCAACCCCUGCAGGUCACCAAGGACUUGGGCCGCUGGAAACCCACCGAUGAUCUGUUGCUGAUCAAUGCUGUGCUUCAGACCAAUGACUUAACCUCUGUGCACCUCGGAGUGAAGUUCAGCUGUCGCUUUAACAUUCGAGAAAUCCAGGAGAGAUGGUAUGCUCUGCUCUACGACCCUGUUAUCUCCAAACUCUCCUGCCAGGCCAUGCGGCAGCUCCAUCCCGAAGCCAUUGCCUCUAUGCAGAGCAAAGUGCUCUUCAGCAAAGCAGAAGAGCAGCUGCUGAGCAAAGUGGGCUCGACCAGCCAGCCCACUCUGGAUACAUUCCAGGACCUACUGCACAAACACCCGGAGGUUUUCUACCCCUCACGCACAGCCAAGGUCUUGCAAACACACUGGCAGCUCAUGAAGCAGUACUACCUCCUCGAUGAUCAAACAGUGCAGCCACUGCCCAAAGGAGACCAGGUGCUCAACUUCUCCGACGCCGAGGACAUGAUAGAUGACAGCAAGCUGAAGGAUGUACGGGAUGAGGUGCUGGAGCACGAGCUGACUGUGGCUGACAGAAGGCAGAAGCGUGAAAUCCGGCAGCUGGAGCAAGAGCUGCACAAAUGGCAGGUGCUGGUGGAUAGCAUCACAGGAAUGAGCUCCCCUGAUUUCGAUAACCAAACAUUGGCUGUGCUGCGUGGAAGGAUGGUGCGUUAUCUUAUGCGCUCCCGGGAGAUCACACUUGGCAGAGCCACCAAAGACAAUCAGAUUGAUGUGGAUCUAGCAUUGGAGGGACCGGCCUGGAAAAUAUCUCGCAAGCAAGGUGUCAUCAAGCUGAAGAACAAUGGCGACUUCUUCCUAGCAAAUGAAGGCCGGCGGCCCAUUUAUGUUGAUGGGCGCCCUGUGCUUUGUGGCAGCAAAUGGAAACUCAGCAACAACUCGGUGGUUGAGAUUGCCAGCUUGCGUUUUGUUUUCCUCAUCAACCAAGACCUGAUUGCACUCAUCAAGGCAGAGGCAGCCAAAAUUGCCCAGCCCUGAGGCUCGGAUCGGACGGAAAGCAUCCCUGGACCUGUGCUGUGGGUUCCCCACCUUACUCACUGUGUCAGCAGGGACCCCCUUGUUCUCUGCAAUGAGGCAGCUUCAUACAGCCUACCCACCUAUAGGGUAGGACUGAAAUCUCUCAGUGGCCUUUUCUUCUGUGGAGGGUGAGCCUUGCUCCAUCAACUACACAGGUCGGAGAGGGAGAGGCAGGCCUAAAGGGAGCACCCUAGCCAACUGAAGCACCUUGCUGGAUGUCCUUGGUGGUGUGGGAAGGAGUCUUGCUGCUUCUGCCAGCUCUGCUAGUGGGGCUGUUGUGUGUGACCCUCUUUGAGACAGAGUGGCAGAAUCUUCCAUGGAGGAUUCCACAAACAGAAAAGUGGGAGAGUAUGUGUCAAGUAAGCUAAUAAAAUAGUUGUCAUCCUU